UGACGUUGGCCGAAAAGGUCUGUGAAAGUUCCACUGGGGAUACUUCCUCCCUAACCUAUCCUUUGCUUUUCCUUCGGAAAUCAUAUAAGAAACGUUGUAGAAGGGAACACAAAAAGCCUUGUACAUGGUGGACGCGAAAUUUUUUAUGGCAACGGAGAGAAACGGGCACAACGGGCAAAUAUUCGAGGCCCUUAGAAGUCGCUUUCCCGAGAUUCCGGAACAAGUUAUUUCCAACACACUGCAGGCUGAGCAUGGCAAUCCGGAGCGUUGCUUGAGUAUUCUAGCAGCAGAAAGUGAUAGAUUAUUGUAUGGUGGUAAUGUUGAGGUAAUAGACAGCCCAAUGCCUGUUCAGCCGUCUUCACAAAGUACACCUAUUGAUGAACCUAUAUCAAUUGCAAUUCCCCAAUCAACCAACCCACCACACCUCCCAAACAGAACAGAACCUCCAGCUUUACAGCCCAUGACAAGACCUAUGACAGUAGCACAGCCCAGUUCUGCUGCGGCUUAUGUUUCGUCUUGCACUGGAGAGAGACAAAUACCAUCUACGGUUGCAAGUUAUGAUCAAACAUUACUUUGCCAUCAACAGCGAAGGUUAGAAACAUUGAAUAAGGAAAUGUACAAUGAGCAUCGCAAAUUGAUAAGAUUGAAAGAUAGCUUGCAAGAAAAAGAAAUGGAAAUGGUCAACAAUAAAUUUCGUGUCGCUGCCAAUCCCACUCCUACAGAUGUAAAACACUUGCGUGAUGAAAAUCGGGUGCUGAGAGAAGAAAUCGAACAAAUGACUCGUGAAAUUGAUGGACUUAGCAAUGGUCGAGAUGUUUUAAUAGGAAAUACAAGUAAUAAUCCAGUAGUAACACAACCACCACCACCUUAUCAACCUCCACCAGUGAGAAGAGUUGAAAGUUUUCCCUCAAGCCGACCUCACAGUGGAACAAAUGGUUAUGGCCCUUCACUGACUCGAUUCUGUUCAAUGUUUGGAAGAAUACCCACUCAUGAGGAAGAGAGUCCUACCAGUCUGAGCCCUCCACCUCCUCCUCUGGACGGAAGCUUAACCAACGAAUGGGUGUUUCUUCCAAACUAUCAGAAUGUAAUGCACGAACGACCAGAAGAACGCACCUGGACAUGCUCAGUUUGCACAUUUGCAAAUCACGAAGCCUUGGAAGUGUGCGAAAUGUGUGAGAUGCCAAGAAACCGUGUCUUAGAGGCUCGAGCGUGACACGGGCGUGACAUUUUGGCCAGAAAACUUUGGCGGGAUCAGAGUUUGACGCAGCAUCUUGAUAAAUUAAUGACAACAUAUGAACAGGAGUAUGAAGUCUUUUCAUAAGUUAUUGUCAACGUUUGAAGUAUUUGAAAAUCGAAAUGGCGUCGACGUACAGGUUAUUGUUACAAAAGACAACUUUCUUUACAUCUGGUAGCCCUUGGUUUGUAACUACAAUGAAACUAAGAAAGUAUCCAAAAUAUGUGAUUUAUUUUUCACGUGCGCAAUGAUGUGUUGCUUUUUCACCACUGAGGUGACAGAGAAUUGUUUAAGUAAAACUAUUGAAACUUUGA